AUGCCUGAACAACAAUUUUAUUUCCUUGGGGAGCCAAUCUCCUCCGCGAAGCACAUUGAUGUGGACACAACAUUAGACCUUGAUGGGCUCAAGCAUCUUGUUGCCGCUCAUUUUGCUAUUGUCGAGCCAAAUGGUAUUGGAUUCCAAGCUCAAGACAAGUUCCUAUCAGAGCUAUCUGAGGUCGUCUCUUCCAGCAGUCCCGUGGCCAUUACAAUAGAUGGACACGAAGUGCGCGAUAUACCAGGACCUCAAGGUUUACCCUAUGUUGGGAACUACUUGGAGGUCUACCCAGACCAUCUUGGGAAUCAUCAGCGUCUCUUCGACCAAUAUGGGCCCAUUUUCAAAACAACUAAUAUGGGGCGCACAGUCUAUCAGACUAAUGACCCAGUUAUUUCAGCAAUUGCCUUUGCUGAGUCUGAUUUUUUCUCAAAAAAGAUCAACGAGUCCCAUCCUCUCGCUGGCCUUAAAACCCCAGCGGCUGGCAUCUUCCUAGGUGAUACAGACACUCCCGAGUGGAGGGUGGCACAUAAGUUUCUGCCUCCCGCCCUUGGCCCUAAAGCAGUCCGCCAUUACGCACCUACGAUGCAGAAGACAGUGGAGGAAGCCUAUGAAGUCUUUGAUGAGCUCGAUCGUAAUAACAAAGCAUGGAAUGUGUAUCAAUAUAUGCUAAAGCUUGGUUCGCAAGCAGUUGGCAAGCUUACACUUGGCUUAGACUUCCAGCACUUUACUUCCCAGGAUGCACCCCUCCAUGAGAUGGUGCAUCUAAUCGCGGAUCUCCUUUCUCUUAACAAAAAGGUUACAUCAAAAGGGACCUGGUACAGCAAAUUACCUUUUGGGGACCCCCAAAAGUUAAAGGUAGUAAAGGCUCGUGUGGAAGAGUUAGUGGAUCAGUCUAUUCAGACGGCCGCAAGAGGGGGGGUUACUGAUCUGCCACUUCAAGAUGCUGCGUUGCAAGCGUCGAACAUGGUUGAUUAUGCCAUGCGUGCCACUGAUAAUAAAGGCGAAAAACUGCCUAAGUCUAGUUUAGUCUGGGCUCUAGUGGUUGCGACUGCUGCUGGAUUCACAACAACUAGUUCCCUACUGUCCUGGCUUAUAUAUGGUCUUGUUACAUACCCAGGUAUGCAGGAGAGGCUCCUUCAAGAACUGAUCGAUCACGGUAUCGAUGAAAACACCCAAAUUACAGCAGACAUUACGGACCGUCUAGACUUUCUUGACAAGUAUAUUAAAGAGACCCAGCGUCGACAUAACCCUUCUUUCCAGCCCGGUCGCACGGCAAAGGUUGAUCUUAUCUUACCGGGGGGCUACAGGCUACCCAAGGAUGCAGUUUUAAUACCUGCCCUACAUCAUAUCCAUAACAACCCCAGCCUAUGGGACAAUCCGGCCCACUUCAACCCGGAUAGGUGGGAUACAGAACAGGUGAAAAAUAGGCACAAGGCAUCGUACGUGCCGUUUGGUACAGGGCCACGGAUGUGCAUCGGAUUCAACUUCGCACUUCAAGAGAUCAAAGUUUUCCUGCCAAAACUGAUAUAUCGGUACAAGUUCAUUCGGGAUGGGGAUGGAGUCAUUGAAUAUGACCCGAUGUUCCAAUUGAUUAGGCCGAAUAAUCUGUAUGUGCGGGCAGAGAGGAGAGUCAAAUGGCCCGCGCGAACGCCGCAGAACAGUUCCUAG